ACGCCUGUAUAUUGCUUCCACGAAUAAUAAAGACCACACGGAGUACAUAUUGUUGAUCUGCAAGUGAGAAAGCAAGAGCCUUUUUGUUAUAUUGAUGGGUGAGGAGUUAGCUGACACAAUGAACCUGGAUUUGAAUCUAGGGCCUGGUCCUGAGUCUGAUCUCCAACCGGCAACAAACGAGACUGUGAAUUUGGCUGAUUGGACUAACGACCCUUCUGAGAGAUCUUCCGAGGCUGUGACGAGGAUCAGGACUCGGCAUAGGACGCGAUUCAGGCAGCUUAAUCUCCCUAUCCCCAUUCUGUCUGAAACCCAUACCAUGGCUAUAGAACUGAACCACUUGAUGGGAACUUCUGUAAAUGGAGCUGCUAUGCAGACCGGUGAGGGUAGUGAAAGAGGCAAUGAGGAUCUGAAAAUGUGUGAGAAUGGCGACGGAGCCAUUGGGGAUGGUGUAUCAGAGAAGAAAGCCGAUGUCGAGAAAAGCAGUGUCUGUGACGGUAACUUUUUCGACUGUAAUAUAUGUUUGGAUUUGUCGAAGGAGCCAGUUCUCACUUGUUGUGGCCAUCUUUACUGUUGGCCUUGUUUGUACCAAUGGCUACAAAUUUCUGAUGCAAAGGAGUGUCCUGUUUGCAAAGGAGAAGUGACCCCCAAAACCGUGACACCAAUCUAUGGGCGCGGAAACCAUAAAAGAGAAAUCGAAGAGAGUUUAGAUACUAAGAUCCCCAUGAGACCACACGCGAGACGCAUCGAGAGCUUGAGGAAUACAAUUCAAAGGUCGCCUUUUACAAUACCGAUGGAAGAAAUGAUUAGACGUAUACAGAAUAGGUUUGACAGGGAUUCAACCCCGGUCCCUGAUUUUAGCAACCGCGAGGCAUCAGAAAGAGUGAGUGAUCGAGCCAAUUCGAUUCUUAACCGGUUGAUGACAUCUAGGGGAGUUAGAUCAGAGCAGAACCAGGCUAGUGCAGCAGCAGCAGCCAUCGUUGCAGCAUCAGAGGAUAUCGAUCUGAACCCGAACAUUGCUCCCGAUCUUGAAGGAGAAACCACCACGAGAUUCCAUCCUCUGCUGAUCAGGAGACAGCUACAGUCACACCGAGUUGCAAGGAUCUCGACUUUCACAUCUGCAUUGAGUUCUGCAGAGAGGCUUGUAGAUGCUUAUUUUAGAACUCAUCCAUUGGGGAGGAACCACCAAGAGCAAAACCAUCAUGCUCCUGUUGUGGUUGAUGAUAGAGACUCAUUCUCAAGCAUUGCAGCUGUUAUAAACUCUGAGAGUCAAGUGGAUACCGCAGUUGAGAUUGACUCUAUGGUUACUCUUUCGACAUCUUCGUCAAGGAGAAGGAACGAGAAUGGUUCGAGGGUUUCUGAUGUAGACAGUGCAGAUUCUCGUCCGCCUAGGAGAAGGAGAUUUACUUGAGAAA